AUGGAGCAGCAAGCGGCGCGACAAGCCGGCUUUGGCGAGAGCAUACCGAUGCAGCGCCGCCUUCCUUCCCAAUCCACCGACCAGCUCGGCUCAUACCACUCCAACGGCAGCGCGUCACAUCCUAUCUCAUACCCUCCACCUGCCGCUCCAAAUCAACAUCGUGCCGCUCGCACUGCGCAACUUCCUCCAUCUGCCAUCAGCUCGGCCUCCACUCCUCAUCUCCUCCUAGACCGCUCACCUACCAAAUCCUCCUUGUCGGCGUCCAUCUCGGAUAACUCGUACCGCGCCGGUACGGCCUCGACCGCCGGGACCUUGCCCUCCUCGUCGUCCUCAUCUGCGGGCUCGAUCCUGACUUAUCCACUCAGUCCGACGUCGUCGGCGCAGUACCCCUGGUCCGAGGCGGACUGGCACCAUCCAGACUACGCUUCGGAACGCGGAGUCCCGCCCAGCAGUAAGAAGGAGGGCGGUCUGAAAGGGUGGCUGAAGAGCAAGAGCUCGAAGGAUAAGGGGAAGGGGAAGGAAGUCGUGAAUAAGCCGGUCAAAGAGGAGAAGCCAGUCUUCGUCGGAGGAGGCAGAGGAGGCGCGCAGAACCGGCGGAAACCCUCGGCCCAGACAUCAGCCAAGAAGUCGUCUCCCCUUGUUCCUAUUCCCGAAUCGCACGAUCCGGUCGCUCCUCGUCCUGGCGCCUCUCACUCGGCAACAUCCCCGCUCGUCACCUUCACUCCGGACGUUCAGGAGGCGCUCGAAACGCUCAGCCCCAAACCCAAAUUUGUCGGCGGCGGACGAGGCGGGGUACAGAACCGGUCAGCCAAAGAGGUACUCCUUCCUGGCCGAGCGAGUGGAAGCGGCAAAUCAUCCUUGUCUGGCUCGAGCGACGCCGGCAGCUCCAGGCGAAGCUUCAUGAGCAUGGGCUCGUCCAUGCGGGAGGGGUCGAUCGGGUCUGGAGCAGAUGCGGCGGGGAAGAAGCAGUUUGUGGGCGGUGGGAGGGGAGGCGUCCAGAAUCGGAGACCGAAGGAUAUGGCGGGUGGUGGGGGUCUGUCAAAGAAGCAGAGUCUCGCAGUGUUGGCGGAUAAGGGGCUCUUGGCGGGGAUCGGGGUGUCGAGUUUUACGGUCACGAGCAGCGAGGGGACAGAUAUCGGCGAGGGUGAGGGGAGCAGGAAUCGGGGAUUGGGGGCUGAGAGGGACUGA